GUCUUCAUGGCGCCCACUCUGCCCCCUGAGUUUGGAGUCCUAAAUCCGAGCGUAGACUUGGAGCCUGGUGUAUGGCCCUGAGCCUCUCUGUCCAUCCACCCAAAGGAAACCCCAAGCUCAGGCCACCACUGGGCCGCAGGGCCACCAGGUGAGGCAGCAGCCCUCUCCCGAGAUCUCCAUGACGUACCGGAGUCAGGACGUCCCCACCUGUGUCGAACUCCUCUGGUGCAGGCUGUGUCCCCCCAGCCCCCGCUAGCUCUGCCUGCCCUGUACAUCCUGACCUGAGGAAGUGGGGGGCCUCCAGACCCCAGAGUCUGGCAUGAAGCACAUGCCCCCACACGCUGGCCCUUCCCAUCUGUUCACAGUGGGAAAACCACCGGCCGCUCUCCUAGGUGAGAAAUGGUGUGGGGGUGGGAGCCUGCUUCCUUCUCGCCCCCAAGAGACGACAUAGGUGCCUCCAGGUGAGCUUCAUGGAGGGGCUGCUCUUGGUCUUGCCUUCAUGCCCCCCACACGUGCCACCACCCUGAGAUGGGCAAGAGACGUGGCCCAGGAAGGACGGUGUCUCCUAUGGCCUCAUUCCAGGCAGGCUAGAUGGCAGCUGGGCAGGUCCAAAAAUAAAGCCUCACUCAGAUCCUUUUGCGUCUGACCUUCAGGGUGGCUUCCAUUUGCAUUUUUAAUUGGCCAGGACUUAAUUCGAUUCCAUCUUAUCCUUUGUUACCAAAGUGCUUGCCCCUCCUUAGCCCUGCGCCGGGCCACUCUGGGGGUCCAGUGGGUGCGGGGUUGUGGGUCCGGAUGUAUAGCAGCCCUGGACGCUGCCUUCAGGUGUCUCCUCCUGCCAGAGUUGGGCCACCACGGUCGCCCAGGACAGAUUGGGGUUGGCAAAAUCUCGUUAGCUAAGGAACGUUUGGUUCAAAGUCAAAAUCUUUGAAAGGUCAGUAUGUAAAACAAGAAAAAAAGUGGUUCUGAAGGAGAGGGAGAGGGCCUGAGCCCCCACCUGCUGCUGCCUCCCAAACCCCGGCGGUCUUCGGGGGCCCCAGGACACACCUGAGGAUAAAGUGUGUGGAGCAGGGUUGAGGCUGGACGUAGGGCGAGGCAGGGAGAGUGUCUGCCUCCCUGCGUCCUUCCCAGUGUUUCUCCGCAACUGUGGGUUUAAGAUUUGGAGCCGCCCCUGCAGCUCCCCGGCAGGACUUAGCCUGAAGCACCAGACCCACUUGCCCCUCCCUUGGGAAGCCAAGGACUCAAGGGGGCUGGAGCUGGAGAGGCAGACAAGCAGAGUGGGCUGCAGAGCGAUGAAUGACAUUGGCGACUACGUGGGCUCCAACCUGGAGAUCUCCUGGCUCCCCAACCUGGAUGGGCUGAUAGCCGGCUAUGCCCGCAACUUUCGGCCUGGCAUUGGAGGGCCUCCCGUGAAUGUGGCCCUCGCUCUGGAGGUGGCCAGCAUCGACCACAUCUCAGAGGCCAACAUGGAGUACACCAUGACGGUGUUCCUGCACCAGAGCUGGCGGGACAGCAGGCUCUCCUACAACCACACCAAUGAGACCCUGGGCCUGGACAGCCGCUUCGUGGACAAGCUCUGGCUGCCCGACACCUUCAUCGUGAACGCCAAGUCGGCCUGGUUCCAUGACGUGACAGUGGAGAACAAGCUCAUCCGGCUGCAGCCCGACGGCGUGAUCCUGUACAGCAUCCGAAUCACCUCCACUGUGGCCUGCGACAUGGACCUGGCCAAAUAUCCCAUGGAUGAGCAGGAGUGCAUGCUGGAGCUGGAGAGCUACGGUUACUCAUCGGAGGACAUUGUCUACUACUGGUCGGAGAGCCAGGAGCACAUCCACGGUCUGGACAAACUGCAGCUGGCACAGUUCACCAUCACCAGCUACCGCUUCACCACGGAGCUGAUGAACUUCAAGUCCGCCGGCCAGUUCCCGCGGCUCAGCCUGCACUUUCACCUGCGGAGGAACCGCGGCGUGUACAUCAUCCAGUCCUACAUGCCCUCCGUCCUGCUGGUCGCCAUGUCCUGGGUCUCCUUCUGGAUUAGCCAGGCGGCGGUGCCCGCCAGGGUGUCUCUAGGCAUCACCACGGUGCUGACGAUGACCACGCUCAUGGUCAGUGCCCGCUCCUCCCUGCCACGGGCAUCGGCCAUCAAGGCACUGGAUGUCUACUUCUGGAUCUGCUACGUCUUCGUGUUUGCCGCCCUGGUGGAGUACGCCUUCGCGCACUUCAAUGCCGACUACAGGAAGAAGCAGAAGGCCAAGGCCAAGGUCAAGGUCUCCAGGCCGAGGGCAGAGAUGGACGUGAGGAACGCCAUCGUCCUCUUCUCCCUCUCUGCUGCCGGCGUCACGCAGGAACUGGCCAUCUCCCGCCGGCAGCGCCGCGUCCCAGGGAACCUGAUGGGCUCCUACAGGUCGGUGGGGGUGGAGACGGGGGAGAUGAAGAAGGAGGGGGCAGCCCGCUCGGGAGGCCAGGGGGGCAUCCGCGCCCGGCUCAGGCCCAUCGACGCAGACACCAUUGACAUUUACGCCCGCGCUGUGUUCCCUGCGGCAUUCGCAGCCGUCAAUGUCAUCUACUGGGCGGCGUACGCCAUGUGAGCACAGGACUCAGGCCACCCUCGCUUGUCCUGGCGCCCGGUGGUGGCUGCCCAGAAACUUCCUGGGAGAAAGAGCCCUUGGUCCACCUUCCCUCUCUGCGUGUUUCAAAGUGGGAUGACAGUCGGCCACGGAAAACAAGAGGAAGCCUCGGCCUCCCUGAGCUCUGACCUCACCCGAAAGGCCAGCCUGGGGCUCUCCAGUAGGCAGCGCGAGACCCGCACAGAUGAAGGAGCAGAGGGUCUGACCGAGAGACUGAGCCAGGCUGGGGUCUGGGCCCUUGAGGGAGCCACGGAUUUUUAGGCUCAGAAAGUGAUCCUGGUUUCUAGGUCUCUGCUGUGCGGGACGGGGAUCGGAGCGUGGGAGGAGGUGGGAGCGGACGUCCAUCUGGUGAGCAGUGAAGGUGUUGGUGAAAUCUGUCUGGCCCCAGCAUGAAAUAAAGCCUUGGCCUGGGGGCCGCUUCGUUCUC